UCCGAGCCGUGCCGACGGCUGCUUAAGGAUCUCUGAGGACAUUGUCGGCUUUGGGGUUACGUUCUUGGCGUCAGCGGGAUGUAGGUGUAAAUCAUAGCAAGGAGCGAGCCGAAUUAAAACGGCUUCAGGAGAAAACAGAGCGUACGUUCUUCAGUUAAUGUGGCGUUUUACAGAAAGUUCCCGUCCCUUUCUGUGCGAGAGGUGCGGUCUGGUUUUAUCUGUAACAUGGGGAACGUUUGAAAACUGCACUUCCGUGAGUGCAAGAGCAAGCACUGCUCGCUUUGCUGACUGCUCCUGCAAGGGGAGAAAGUUCACUGCGCCUGAGCAGAAGUCUAUAUGUCAUUUUCCCCAAAGAAGUUCAGUAUGGUCAUUUCCAAAACUGUGUAGUAUAUCUUGGCGGCUUUAUCAUACAAGUACAGCCCACAUGUGCAGCUGCAGUAAGACAGUUAGUGAUGAAAAAUAUCAAGACCCUUUUCAACUUGGCAGAAAAGACUUGAAGAAUCUCUAUGAGGAUAUUAAAAAGGAGUUACUUGUAUCUACUGCUGAACUUAGGGAAAUGUGUGAAUAUUACUUUGAUGGGAAAGGAAAAGCCUUUCGACCAAUGAUUGUGGUGCUAAUGGCAAGGGCUUGCAACAUUCACCAUAGCAAUUCCAGGGAGGUGCAAGCAAGCCAGCGCUCUGUGGCCAUAAUUGCAGAGAUGAUCCACACGGCUAGCCUCGUGCAUGAUGAUGUUAUUGAUGAUGCAAAUUCUCGCAGAGGAAAAAUGACAGUCAACCAGAUCUGGGGAGAGAGGAAGGCAGUUCUAGCUGGUGAUUUCAUCCUAUCAGCUGCUUCCUUAGCUUUAGCACGAAUUGGAAACACUACUAUCAUCUCUGUUCUAACUCAGGUGAUUGAAGAUCUGGUGCGUGGUGAAUUCCUCCAGUUGGGUUCCAAGGAAAAUGAGAAUGAGAGAUUUGCUCACUACCUCGAGAAGACUUUUAAGAAGACUGCGAGUCUGAUAGCAAACAGUUGUAAAGCAGUAUGUACGUCUGUCUCUUCUAAAGUUAACAUACUGUACUGUAAGCUUCACAGCUCAAUUCCUGAUUAUUUUUGCUUUCUCUGGAGACCCUCCAAAGUAAAGCCUUUAGAUGAUGUUCUGCCAGAAUGAGUCUGAUAUUGUGCGCUUUAUCCCAAUU